GACAAAAUAAUCGCCUCACCUCUUUCGUACAAAAUUGAAGAUAAACAACAAAACAAAAACAGAAAACAUCGAUACCAGUCAAAGUGCUCCGAUCAAUCACAACUUAAAAUUUAUACAAAUUUAUACCUUAAUCCUAAUAAAUUAUGAAAAAAGUAGUCAUCCUCAAGUCGGAGAGCGACAACAGUGAAGCCUAUCCGGCUCUGCUGCGGAAACACGGCUUCGAACCCAUUUUUGUGCCAACAUUGGAUUUUUCCUUCAAGAAUCUGGACAUUCUGAGGGAUCGCCUGCUGUCCCCGUACAAAUAUUCCGGCCUAAUCUUUACCAGUCCGCGGGCCAUCACGGCCGUUCGGGAUGCUCUGGAAGGGGCUCGUCUAAAAGACGAUUGGAAACCGCUGGAAAACUACUCCGUGGGUGAAACCAGUUCUGAACUUAUUCAGCGUACUCUUGACUUGGACACCAAAGGGCAACACUCCGGCAAUGCCAGCAACUUGGCGGAUUUCAUCAAAACUGACCUGUACAACAAAACCGUUAAUCUUCCAUUUUUGUUCCCCUGCGGUAAUCUCAAGCAGGACGUUCUCCAGAACAAACUGUCCGAGUAUGGGUACUCGCUGGAUUGCGUCGAAGUAUACGAAACGGUACCGCACAGGGAUCUGGAACGCAGCCUGGUGGACCUGUUCCGCGAGGACGCCGUCCGACCGGAAUACUUGCUGUUCUUCAGCCCUUCGGGAAUCAACUACUGUUCCAGCAUCUUGGAGCGGCACAAACUGGACAUCACCGCCUGUCGGAUCGUGGCCAUCGGACCCAGCACCAAGAAGGCCAUCGAGAACAAGGGCUACUCGGUGCACCGUACGGCGGAGAAGCCCUCGCCCGAGUAUGUUGUUAGUGCUUUACUAGAUACCUAGCCGAGUGUUGAUUAGUUUGUAGCGAGGGGUGGGACAGAGGGGGAAUAAAAAUUAUUCGAAACAGUUGUUAACCUCAGUGUUACCGAGUCAAAUUAGGCGAUUGUGAAAUCAGAACAGCAAUCGAACAGAGGAAAGCACAGAAUGGUGGUUUAAAUGAAUAGUUCUUAAGUGUUUUAGAAAGCAGAGCAACUCCAUUGAUGUCACCCUAACUACGAACCGUCUAACCUAGAACUACAACUUGUUACGCAUUGAAGAUAUUGAAGGAAUAAUCGCAGCACAAUGUCUGCGAAAUAAUCGUUGUUGAAAGUUGUGAACUAUUGUGAUUGUGAUUAGUUUGAACAACCAUACUAACUGUUAGUGAUUUCAAUUAUAUAUUUAUGGUUCUUUGAUAGCGAGUGUUCUCUUCUACGCUUAACUCUGUUCCAAGUCAAUCGCAUAAUGUUUUACAGUUGAGUGAUAUUUUUCCUAUUUUUAGAAGCCAUUUUAUCCAUUAACCUAGUUUUUUUUUCUCUGAAGAUAGUAAGUUGUUAACCACAAAUUGAUGAAAAUAAAUAUGAAUCGUUGACUAGAAAUA